UGGUAAAAGAAAGUUUGUUGCACGUGAUUGGUUCUUGACCAAUGGUCGCCUAAUACGUAACAAACGUGAGCGAGUUAGUAUAAAUUGAGUGAUUCUCUGGUGACAAUUAUCAGUUCUCACUGAGUUUAUUUGAUCAAUACUAACAUGAAGGUCCUUAUUUUAUUGGCUGUGGUUGCUGCUGUUAGAUGUACAGUCAUUCCUGUGGCUGUUGGGGAAACUGGAGCAAGUGCACAGUUUAGAAGUGAAGAUAAUUUGGGGAAUUACAACUUCGGCUACAAUGAAGACCACACUUCUGGAGGAACUUUCAGACGAGAAGCUGGUGAUGCUCACGGAAAUGUAGCCGGCUCUUACGGCUUGAGAGACGCUGAUGGUAGAAUCCGCAUCGUUAACUACAUUGCUAAUGAUGAUGGAUUCAAAGCUGACAUCAAGACUAAUGAACCUGGUGUUGAACCAAAAGAUACUGCUGAUGCAACCUUUAACAAAGCUGAAUCUGUUGUUGUCCACUCUGCAGUAGCAAUUCCAGCACCAGCACCAGUUGUGGCUAUUCCAGCAGCCGAGCCGAUUGCAUUCAGAACCGAACAAGUCGCCGUUGCUGCUCCAGUAUUUCCACCUGUAGCCGCUGUCCCUGUUGCCAAAACCAUUGCAGCUCCUCUCACAAAAUCUAGUACCACCACAAUCACCACUGAAGCUAGGCCACUUUUCAAUACCUUUCCCGCAGCAGCUGCUGUCCCUGUUGCCAAAACCCACACAACCACUGUUACUGAAACUAAACCAGCUGCUUACGCCUUCCCCGCACCAGCAGCUGUACCAGUAGCUAAGACAAUCGCUGCACCAGUUGCUUUCGCUGAGCCAGCACCUUUAGCAUAUGCUUUCCCAGCACCAGCCGCAGUUCCAGUCGCUAAAUCUUCCACAACAACUUUUACAACUGCUGAAGCUAAGCCAGUUUUCACUGCCUUCCCAGCUCCAGCUGCAGUUCCAGUUGCUAAAACCCACACCACAAUAACCGAAACAAGACCAGCUACAUAUGCAUUCCCUGCUCCAGCAGCAGUUCCUGUUGCUAAAAGCAUAGCUGCUCCAAUAGCAGUUGCUGCAGCAGCUCCCUUGCCAUACGCAUUCCCUGCUCCGGCAGCCGUUCCUGUUGCUAAAUCUUCUACCCUGACCUAUGCUGCUGCUCCAAUCGCUGCCGCUCCUUUAGCAUACGCUGCCCCAACUUCUAAAUUUUCUUAUUCCUCUCAUGUAAUUAAUGCUGCUCCAGCAUUGGCACCAAGUGCUAUUGCAUAUGCCCCCAAAUAUGCUUUAAGUCCAUAUAUCAGCACCGUCCAGAGACCACUUUUUUCUCCAGCAAUUGCAUCUUUUGCCGGACCAGUACCCUACUUUAGCAACAUUGAAUACCAUGGUUACCCAGUUGUUAAAAAGUGAGAAGUCUUUCUAACCAGUGCCAAUUUGAUCCAAAUACUUCUAGUGACUGUUCAUCAAGAUCGUUCCUGUUUUCAUCUUGUAUUGCGUACUUUUGACGUCUAAUAAACUAUGUUAAUUUAA